GUACAGGCAGUGUUAAAAAAAGAAUUGGAAAGUCUUGAAUACGCCAGAGUGAGCAAUGCAAAAAGUGGCCGAGCCUGCUUAGCGUUUCUCAUCGGCAUCCCUUGGAAAGAGCGAGGUGCUUUGGGCUGGUCCAGGUCCCACUCUGAUGGGUGUUGUUUAUUCAGCGGUUGGAGUGGCACGCGUCCGGCGUACGCGUUGGAACAACAAUUGAAGCUGAAGGUGAAUGCGAGUUGUAAGUGGAGGCGUGGUCAGGACAGCGUGUGGGGGAAGUGUGUGUGCACGUCUCUGUGUGUGUAUUGAAAAACCCACAACUGGCGACACAGAACACUCAUUCCAGAUUGGGGAGUGUGCAAGGCAAGAGUCGGUGCGAUUGCCCUUAGAAAAACAACCCAAGUGCACACAUUAAGGCACACGCGAGCGCCACGAGCUUGACGCACUGUCUUCACGCGCUCUGGGAAAAAAGAAAGGGGGACUACGAGAUUCUCUCUCUCCCUCCCUCUCCCUGCCUCUCUCUCUCUCUCUCUCCCGUGCACACACUAGCAUUUCGAUUUCUACCCAUAGCUACUGCCAAUGGAUGUCACUGCCAAGAUGGAAAUCAACGCCAGCCAGCCGCAGUUCAUGCCGCCAGCUUGCUUUUUCGCCGCUGCUGCCCAGAAUGUGCAGUUGAGUCCUACUGACAGCCAGUGUAGCAGUAGCAGUAGCAUCAGCAGCAACGGUGGGGUCAAGUCCGCCUCCAAGCAAAUCAAGAGACAGCGCUCGUCUUCUCCGGAGCUUCUGCGUUGUAAAAGACGGCUCAACUUUGCUGGCUUCGGGUACAGCCUUCCACAACAACAGCCGGCUGCGGUGGCAAGACGUAACGAGAGGGAAAGAAACCGAGUGAAGUUGGUUAACAUGGGUUUCGCCACACUCCGGGAGCACGUUCCCAACGGCGCUGCAAACAAGAAGAUGAGUAAAGUGGAGACGUUGCGAUCGGCCGUGGAGUACAUCAGGGCUCUGCAACAGCUUCUGGACGAGCACGAUGCAGUCAGUGCGGCUUUUCAGUCCGGAGUCCUCUCUCCAACGAUCUCUCAGAGCUACUCGAACGAUAUGAACUCUAUGGCAGGCUCACCUGUCUCCUCCUAUUCAUCAGACGAAGGGUCUUAUGAUCCUUUGAGUCCGGAAGAGCAGGAGCUGCUGGACUUCACCAACUGGUUUUGAAACUGUGCGGCAGGUCGUAAAACACUAACCCCCAUGGGAAGAUUUACCCCCGGUCAACCUGGAAAACAAAACAAACUGAAAAAAGAGGGGCAUCGCUGUACUAAGAACUUUGAAGCAAUGUAUUUGCACUCCAGUUGUCCACUGGAAGAAAGGGACUUACAAGGGCCAGCUUUCGUGCCCAAAAAUGUGCCAAGGGUCGUCCUGCAGAGCAGAAAGAGUUUGCCUUUUAUCGAGGACUUUCGGCAGAGACUGGGCGCAUCUUCUUUUAUGAAAGCACUCGCCUUAAAGAGAAAUCUUCUACUCUUAAUCUUUGGCAAAGACUGAAGAAGAAAGAAACAUUUGAAAUAUUUUUGUCCAAACUAUGCUAAACCCAAUCAAAGAACGUUACGCCAUCUUUCGUAAACUUGUCAUGUUUUCUAAUUCUAAAACGCUUCCAAUCUUUCAUAAGUUUUAUUAUAAGAAAUUCUAUUUGUAUGCUAAUCUUGUUUUUGGAAUAUAUUAAGCUAUUUUUGUACAUAAGAGAGACAGAGAAAUUUAUAGACAUUUUGUAUAAAUGCUUUUAAUCUGUGUAUAUCCUGAUGAUACUUUAAAAUGUGUACUGCUUAUUACCUCCUUGUAUUUAGACAUGUAGUCUACUUUACUUUCGCAAAUGGCAUUU